GAUACAAAGUACAAGUCACAGCAUCUCAGUACUUACACACCUCUCUCUCUCAUCUCACUCGAGCGAAAAAUCAAUCUCUCACAUUGCAUCGCAUCUCAUCUCUCUACGGCUGGUCGGGUCGCAUCAUCUACAUGCCUGCCUACACGCAGCCAACCACCCAGCCAGCCAGCCCCCCGCAUACAAUGAAUGCACCCAGUCGCCCGCUCUUCACUUUCUCACUCAGCUUUUUCCUUGCUGAAAAGGCUGGCCACUCGUUUCACAAAGGCAUGUUUGGCCUCCAUGCUGACGGGUGUCUUGCCGAGGUAGAGCUCGAAGAAGGCCUUGGGCAGCUUGGCGUCGACCACAGUGCCGGCGGGCUGGCCACGGAUGAGGACGUCUAGUCGUUGGUCCUCCGUCCAGCCCAUGGCGAUAGUCUCGGCCUUCUUGAUCGACGCACCCAUGCCCUUCUCCAACAGACUGCAGAACUCACUCACCACCUCAGGCUGCGCACAUACAGGAAGGCGAACCGCAGACGACAGACCAGCGUGUGGGUGCAUACAGUUAUGUAUCUUUGUGUGUGUCUUGUGUUGGUCAGUCACCUCGACACCCUUGACGGCGCUGAGUGCGUCGGCCACCUUGUGUGCUCCUACAGUGCGGGCGAACUUGAGAAGGACGAGUUUGGGCACCUCCUUGCCCAGGAGCGUGUCAUAGAAGCGAUCAUCGUUCAUGAGUGACUCCUCGCUCUCGCCCUUGAAGGAUGACAGAGCCUUGGCGGCCUCCUUGGGCUCCACGUACAGACCAACAGAGUACACAUUGACUUUAGCAAUGCCUGCAGCGACACAAAACAAGAUGAAUGCAUCCAUCAUCCUUCUUUCCCCUGUCAUCUUGUCAGUCAGUGUCCUCUGUGCUGACUGACCGAGGUUCUUCCUCCUCGGCCCAGCUCCCAACAGGGUCAUCUUGGGAGUGCCGGGGAAGGUCGCCUCGCACGGAAACUCGAUGCCUGUGACCUUGUCCUUGAGCACUGCGGCCACGGGGGGAGUCAUGCCACAGCUACCGCCACUGCUGCACCCUCCAUUUCGCAGACGCGCCGUUGAUGAGAGAUCGAUGAAGAAA